CUCUCUUCCUCACAAAUUCCAUUUCUGUUACUUUCCGAGAAAAAAAAAAAAAAUUCCAUUUCUGUUACGAGACGUUAUUUACUCCCUCGUUUUCUUCGUUUCCAUUCGAGCUAUACACACUCAUCAGGAAGAUCUUUCACGUUGAUUUUAUGCGUUUGUCACUCCCACACAACGACCCAUUUCAGACCACAAGCUUAACAACAUAUCCACAUGAUUUAAUCCCUACUCAUUUAGGAUAAUAAUUCACGAGCUCAAUCAUGUCUUUAAUGCCUUGUCUUCAUCUAAUGUUUAUUCAAAAAGUUUCCUAGCCUUCGUUUCAUUGUAUACAAAUCUUUAGUUGCUCCGACAGGCGAAGUAUCCCAAGAAUUUUCUUGUUCUUAAGCGUGCAAUUCAGAGAAAAAUCCAGAUAUUUCUAGAGAAAAUUUGAGAUAGUCAUUGACUACCCGGGAAAAAAAAAAAUGAGAUAAUCAUUGUUUAUAUUAAAAUCCUGGCUAUUUAUACAUUCAGAUUUUGAUUUCAUUUGAAGAAUUAAUUGUAGUGGCAGUGAAGUAGUUGAGAUUUGCAAGUUGAUUUUAAUGGAGAUGAAGCUUUUUUAUUUGAAGUCCAUAUCUGGUUCUAAACUAGUUGGUCCAGAGAUGAUGUUUUCUAGCCCAUCUCUGAACUCAAAUCAGCUGUUUGGUGUCAAAAUCUCUCCACAGUCAUGUUCUUGCAGAGGCAUUUCAUCAGAGGCUUCUUAUUCAAGUACUUCUAAUAAAGCAAUUAAGUCAGUUGGCCAACAAAAUUUUAUGGUGGGCACUGAUUCAUGUCGUAUCAAUGGAACUAAUGGUUCAAGCUCAACUCAGUAUUUUAAAGAGAUGAGACCACUUGAUGCGUACCAUGACAAGUAUGGAGGAGUCAUUGUUAACCCUAAAGGAUUACCGUCCGAUCCAGAUGUUUUUGCCUCUAUACUUCAUUCAUCUCUUUCUCACUGGAAAAUUAAGGGAAAGAAGGGAGUUUGGCUUAAGCUGCCACUUGAGAGAUCCGAGCUUGUUCCUAUAGCAGUAAAGGAAGGAUUCCAGUACCACCAUGCAGAAAGAGGCUAUGUCAUGUUGACGUAUUGGAUCCCUGACGGACCUUGCAUGCUUCCUGCCAAUGCUUCUCAUCAAGUGGGAGUUGGGGGAUUUGUGAUCAAUGACAAAAACGAGGUGCUUGUAGUACAAGAGAAGCACUGUGCCCCAUCACUUCUUGGCCUUUGGAAAUUACCAACUGGUUUCAUUCAUGAGUCGGAGGAGAUCUUUACGGGAGCUAUAAGAGAAGUCAAGGAAGAAACUGGUAUUGAUACUGAAUUCUUGGAAGUUAUAGCUUUCAGGCAUGCUCACAAUGUGGCUUUUGGGAAGUCAGAUUUAUUCUUCAUCUGCAUGUUAAGACCCCUGUCAACUCAUAUCAUUGUUGAUGAUCACGAACUUCAAGCAGCCAAGUGGAUGCCUUUAUUGGAGUUCGUAGAGCAGCCACUGAUCCAGGGAGACUCAAUGUUUAAGAAAAUCAUUGACAUUUGCAUUGCACGGCUGGGGAAGCGUUAUUGUGGGUUAUCUGCCCAUCUAGUGGUGUCCAAAUUUGAUGGCAGACUAUCCUCAUUGUACUAUAACACAGUUGAUGCCGGAGAUUUCAAUUGUCAAACCAGUUAAAACUACUCAGACACUACUCUUGGAUGCUCCCAUGUGCGGAAUGUAUUUCUUGUUAUUCUCCAUCUUCCCCUUUUCUAAUUGAGAAUGUAACUACAGUUGCGUGAAGCUUGACAGCAGUAAUUCUGUUUGUUCAUAUAUCAUGACGGAUCUACAAAAUGUAAAUGCAUCGAUCUUCCUAAUGUAAAUGCUUUGUAAUAUAAUAUGUUGCUAUUGUACAUGUUUGACAGUCGCCUUCCGUUUGCUUCUAUUGAUUUCCCUUGUUAAUUC